AUGGCUCUGAGUCCACUCGACCCAUCAUCAUAUUCAAGACCAGAAUUAGCUGUUGUUAAACAUAUAGACUUGAAAUUAAAUGUGGACUUUGAAAAGAAACAACUUACUGGAGAAGCCCUACUAACUGUUAAUGUUAUAAAUUCUAUUGAACAACUGAUAUUGGACUCAAGUAAUCUAACAAUUGAAUCAAUUGAGACUGAGGACGGCAAGUCCUUGAACUUUACAUUGGCUGAUGCGGUUCCUAAUUAUGGUUCGAAAUUGACGAUUCCACUACCGGAACCUGCUACGGCGAACCAAAACCUUAAAAUAAGAAUAAAAUACAAGACAUCACCAUCAGCGACCGCCCUACAAUGGCUGGAACCGACACAAACCUCGGGCAAGAAAUACCCAUACAUGUUCAGCCAAUGUCAGCCAAUCCACGCUCGGUCAAUACUCCCUUGUCAAGAUUCGCCAGCUGUCAAAUUCACGUACAACGCAGAGGUCACUGCCCCCGAACCAUUUACGGUGCUCAUGAGCGCUAUUAAAGGGAAUUCGAGUGAAAAGGCGACUUUUAGACAACCUGUCCCUAUUCCGUCGUAUUUGCUCGCUAUUGCCGUGGCGGUGUUGGAGUCUAGGGAGCUUGGACCUAGAUCUCACGUUUGGUCCGAAAAAGAAGAGAUCGAUAGAAGUGCCUGGGAAUUCGCGGACACGGAGAAGUACUUACAAGCGGCUGAAAGACUGUGUGGUCCCUACCAAUGGACCCAGUACGAUUUACUCGUAUUACCCCCGUCCUUCCCUUAUGGGGGCAUGGAGAACCCCUGUUUGACAUUUGUGACCCCCACUUUACUCGCGGGUGAUAGAAGCCAAGCAGACGUCAUUGUCCAUGAAAUAAUGCAUAGUUGGACGGGAAAUCUGGUGACGAACAGAAACUUUGAACAUUUCUGGUUAAAUGAAGGUUUUACUGUAUUCCUUGAGAGGAAAGUCGGAGCCUCCCUGAUAGCGGACAAAGAGGAAGCCCAUCGAAGCAGAGACUUUAGCAGCCUUUUAGGCCUCCAAGAGCUUACAGAAACUAUAAACCAAAAUCUCGGUCCAACCAGUCCACUCACGCAACUCGUGCCAGAUUUGAAUAACACUCACCCUGACGACGCGUUCUCGAGGGUUCCUUACGAGAAGGGGUCUCUAUUCCUUCGUUAUCUUGAAGAUUUAGUCGGUGGACCAGUGGUCGAUUUGGUCGGGGUACACCCGGAUGACGCGUUUUCGACCGUGCCCUAUGAGAAAGGCUCGCUGUUUCUUAGGUAUCUCGAGGAUUUGCUUGGCGGAUCAGAGGUAUUUGAUGAUUUCCUCCGUUCGUACCUGGACAAAUUCCAGCGACAAUCCAUCGACACGGACCAGUUUAAAGCCUACUUAUUGGACUAUUUCAAAGACAAUGAAGCCAUGAAAGGUGUCGACUGGACAACUUGGCUUCACAAAUCUGGAAUGCCGCCAGUUAUUCCCGCGUACGACACAUCAAUGACCAAAGAUGUUACAGUACUUCUGGCCAAAGUGAAUGAUACUAGCAGUACUUUGGAAUACAGCAAUGUCCUUACAUUUACUCCCCAACAGAUGAUUAAUUUCCUGCAAGCUCUCAUCGAUCAAGACCCACUUCCCCUAGACAGACUAAGAAAUAUGGGAAAAAAAUACAAUAUUGACACAAGCAAAAAUUCUGAAAUUGUCUACCGUUGGCUGAGAUUAUGUAUUAGAAGCCGAGAUGAAAGCAAAUUGAGUGAAGCCCUGCAGUUUGUUAAUAACCAAGGCCGCAUGAAAUAUGUCAGACCUAUCUACAGAGAUUUAUAUAAUUGGGAAGCUGUGCGGGAGAGAGCCAUUGAAAAUUUCCUCAAAAAUGAGGCAAAUAUGAUGCACGUAUCAGCUUACACUUUAAGAAAAGAUUUGCAUCUCAACGAGUAG